GUAGCACGGGCUAAUUAUCUAGUAUUAUCAUUAUUAGUCAAGGAACUAAUUAACUAACUCAUCUCUCUAUAUAUAAAAAAAGUCGUGGUCAUCCAAUUAGGGAGAAUCUUUAGUAGCACGAAUCCUCAUAUUAUUAUCACCAUCAACAUUUGACGAUUAUGAAUCACGCAUCAUAACGUUCUAUGAUCUCAAUACGUGUAAAACACUCACAACAAUAUGUUAUAACUAGUCGAAUCUGAGUUCUCGAAUUAUUAUCACCAUCUACAUGUGACGAUAUGAAUCACGCAUUAGAAUGUUAUAUGAUCUCAAUAGAGUUUAGAACCAUACACCACACAUCUGUCCAAUUCUAUGAACAUUGACAGUGAUAUACACAUAAAAAAUGAAAUGAUCCCACAACUAGCUUCCCCGCCGUACCACAACUGAAGCAAAAUUCGACGCUAAGUAAAAAACAGAGCCCUCAAAGACUCCAACAAAGCAUAUAAUCAAUUCAAUCAUAAAGUUGACGGAUCGUUUUCAGGCAGCUAUGUAGCUGCUCUUCAGCAUCAUUACAAUAAUAAUAAUAAUUAUUAUUAUUAUUAUUAUUUACACAAAUUUUGUUUAUAUACAUAUAUGUGUAUGUUGAUGCUAAUUGCCAUCAACAGCAAAAGGAAAAAGAAGAACAUCUGCAGAUUUCCCAGAACGAAAAGAGGGCAGAACUUUUACUUCUCGGUGAGUACUAUCAAGACCCUUUCAUUAUCAGCCUAAUCAUCAACUUAAUUUCCAUAAUUUUGAGUUUUACUUCUUCUUUGAGUGAGUUUGGAUGAUGAAUUUGUGAAGUUAAAUUCGUUAUUUACAAAUCAAUAGGUUUCAUGUAUAACUGUCUAUAGUAAAAAAAGAUUGCUAUAACUAGUCGAAUCAUGUCACCUUUGAUAUGUAAGAACUUGUAAUGCAACGUUUUUAUCAAUACAUGACACACCUUACUAAGGUGCAGUUCUCAUUAGUUUUUGUAGGCGUGUAUAAUGUAUUGAUACUGAUUUUUAAUGUGCCGGGAAGCUGGAUACAAAAGUCGCAAUAUGUCUUAUCUUUUGUUGGGGUUAUGUGGAGACUUCCUUAAUGUCCAUACAAAAUAACCUACUAGUAGUUGGAUGCGAUAUGAUAAUUACAAAAACCACCUCCAUACCAUCCAAUGAAUUUGAAACAAUUCCCUAGCUCUAACUAUUUGGUUGAUCGGAAUGAGAUAAAGUGAUACCCCUCCGGUUGAUCGUAUUAACUGGUAUUAAUAAGGCAAUAACAAGUUUUACUCAUUUGUUCUUAGUUUCCAUUGGAUGUCUUGCUUUAAUUGAUUUUAUAUGAUACAUAAUUGUUUAUUUUUCUCUCAUACUGAUUUUUUUUUCUUUUACAAUUUGCAAAUAAUAUAUAAACCUUAUAAUUGUGGCAAUUCUUCGUUUUAGUUAAUGCUUGAUUGAGGAGAUCCUUUCCUUAAUUACAAGGAUAAGUUAAGGAUUUGUCAGAAGAAAGAAACAAGAAGGAUCAAAGGAAAAAUCCUCUCUUACGGAUUAAAUGUUUCCCAAUUCAAGCUCUAACCGUAACUUGGAAAGAAAUUUAUAGUUUCUUUGGUAAAAGUGGCUCAAUUCAUUAUAAUUUGAUUAAUUAGGUUUAUCCGUAUCAAACUUAAUAUGGUGUGUGAAUUUCUGGUAAGGAUCUAGGGAAACAUAAUCAAGGCAUUGCUUGAACCAUAAUUCUUGUUAGAUCUUAGAUUAAUUGAUCAAUUUUUGGGGGAACAUUAUCCAUACAUGGGUUUCAAAAUUUUAGUAGAUAAUUAUAAUCUACGUGUAGCAUAAUUCUAAAAAUUUAUUUUAUACCUGAAAUGGGUAAGAGAAGAUGGGUUAGGUACUCUAAAACUUUGCAAUCUUUGGCAAAUCAGCUCAUUCUCUUCUAGACCGAAUUUAGAAAUAUAAACUUUCAUUUAAUUCAUUCAACUUCUAAAUUAGGAUCAAUCGACCGGUCCUUAGUUCGGAAAUUGAGCUCUACAUUGUAAUCUUAAUUUCUAUUUUCCUCUUUAGACCAUUCACAUCCUAUAAAAAAAGUGAAAAGUAAUUUCGAUUAUCAGUUACCAUUACCCAUUCCUUCUUCCCUUUUCCCCCUUUUCUUUUACUACAAUUUCAGACUUUAUUACUACAUUUAUUUCUUAUUUACCUUGAUAAGCUCACCCAAAUUUCUUCAUUAUUUCUUAAAUUUAUCCCGAGUUUUCAUCUAAAAUUAGUUAGGAAAGAUAUUGGGCAAAAAUCUCUACAGUAUCAUAAAUUUAUUACCAGCCCCUUUCUUAGAAAUUCGUUGGAAUUAUUUUUCUAUUUUCUCCCUCAAAUUAAGUCAAGAAGUCCAUUGUCUGAGCAAGAAAAUUGGGAUUUUCUUCAUUUUCCAUUACCUUUUGUACUGACUAUUAAAAAUGAAUUACCCUUUUUAAAUCUUCUUAUCUAAGUGGGAUUUUCUUACUGCAACAUUAACCCGUAGUGCUCGUUCCUCUAUAUAUACGAAGUUACAAACAAACAUAUUCACAAUCCAUUUCAGUAGCAAACAGAAUAACGUUUCUUUUUGUUUUUGGGAGGUUUCAUAUAGAUAUACUGAUAAGAAUUCUAUAUGUUACCAUUUUAAGUUUAGCAAACAGAGGUUUUCAAGCAAGAAGAAGAAGAAGAUCAAGCUCAGAAUCGAGUUCAGAUCAUUGCGGUGAAAGGUAAAAACAUCAUCAGUGAACCUCUGUUCUUCUUUUCAUCUUUCUCAUCUCAUCCAGCCAUCACUAUAGUUUGUCAAUGGAGAUUCUGAUCGAUCGUCUUUAUUAUAAACUUUUUGUGGGUUUUUCUUGGUUUUGUCUAUGGAGGAUUGGGUUCUCAUUCUUUUUGAAAUUAUGUAAGGAAGUUUCCAGCUUUAGGCUCGAUAGCACUGGUGAAAAGAAACCGACCUAAACGAGUUAUUUUGGCCUAAAUUCUCUAAUUGCGAUCACAAUUUUAUUUGCAGGACUUCUACUUGUUCUCGAGUUUCGCUAGUCAAGUUCGAAAACCAUGGCUGAAGGAGGUCCAGUAAAACCCGAUAAGACAGAGUUCACAGAAUGUUGGAGGACUAGUUGGAAGACUCCAUACAUUAUGAGGCUUGCUCUCUCUGCUGGAAUUGGCGGCUUGCUAUUUGGUUAUGACACAGGGGUUAUAUCUGGAGCCCUACUGUACAUGCGAGAGGACUUCGAAUCAAUCGAUAAGAACACAUGGCUUCAGGAAACCAUUGUGAGCAUGGCCGUGGCAGGAGCAAUAGUGGGAGCAGCACUAGGAGGGUUCCUAAGCGAUAGCUUGGGCAGAAAGAAAUCGAUCUUAGGAGCUGACAUUGUCUUUUUCGCCGGAGCCAUAGUCAUGGCCGCGGCUCCAAACCCAUGGGUCAUAGUAAUUGGAAGACUCCUCGUCGGACUAGGAGUAGGGAUGGCCUCCAUGACUGCCCCUCUCUACAUCUCCGAAGCUUCCCCUGCUCGAAUUCGAGGCGCCCUGGUCAGCACCAACGGCCUGCUCAUCACCGGCGGGCAAUUCAUGGCCUACGUUAUCAACCUAGCCUUCACCAAGGCUCCUGGGACUUGGAGGUGGAUGCUUGGAGUUGCUGGUCUGCCUGCCCUGAUCCAGUUUGUGCUAAUGAUGUCCCUCCCCGAGUCUCCUAGAUGGCUCUACAGCAGGGACAAAGUUGAUGAAGCAAAAUCAACCCUGGAGAAGAUCUACUCGCCGGAGGAAGUGGAAGAAGAGAUGGCCCUCCUCAAAGCCUCCAUCGAAUCCGAAAAAGCCGACGAGGCAGCCAUCGGGGAGACCAUGCUAACCAAGCUCAAGAACGCCUUCAAGAACCCCGUGGUCCGACGUGGCCUCUACGCUGGUGUCACGGUCCAAGUGGCCCAACAAUUCGUCGGGAUCAACACCGUCAUGUACUACUCUCCGACCAUCGUCCAAUUCGCCGGAUUCGCCUCCAAAUCCGUCGCCCUGUCCCUGUCCCUAAUCACGGCCGGGCUCAAUGCAUUCGGCUCCAUCGUGAGCAUGUUGUUUGUUGACCGUUAUGGAAGGAAGAGGCUCAUGAUCAUUUCCAUGGCAGGGAUCAUAUUUUUCCUGAUCUUCUUGUCCGUGGUUUUCAUUGAAGCUUCUUCUCACGCUCCCAAGGUUGGUUCGAUCGAAUCGGUCCACUUCGGGGUGAAUUCGACGUGUUCGGCUUAUGCCGGGGCGACGAGUAGUGCUGCCGCCGGGAAAUGGAGCUGCAUGACCUGCUUGAAGGCCAAAUGUGGCUUCUGCUCCAACAAGGCUAGUGAGUACCAUCCCGGUGCCUGCCUGGUGGAUUCGAAGCACAAUCGAGACCUCUGCCUCGGCGAGGACCGAAUGUUCUUCGAGCAAGGGUGUCCGAGCAAGUUCGGAAUCCUCGCCGUGGUCUUCCUUGGCCUCUACAUUGUCUCGUACUCCCCCGGGAUGGGGACAGUGCCGUGGAUCGUCAACUCGGAGAUUUACCCACUCAAAUACAGAGGAGUCGGAGGAGGGAUCGCUGCGGUGGCCAAUUGGGUGUCGAACUUGAUCGUCAGCGAGUCCUACUUGACUCUAACCGAGCAUCUUGGCCCCGGGGGGACGUUUUUCUUGUUCGCCGGAGUUUCGACGCUUUCGCUCUGUUUGAUCAUCUGGUUCGUGCCGGAGACCAAAGGGCUGCCGUUUGAGGAGGUGGAGAAGAUGCUGGCGGAGGGGUACCGGCCUUGUGGCGGACGGAAGGUGAAGGGAGAGAAGGUGGAGAAAGUGAAUGGUGAUGAUAAUGCAGCGUAAAGAGUAAGAGUGAGACAGAGUGAAAACAGAGCAUUUUUUAUCGUUUGCUUAUCACGGGUAACAGUUUUAAAAAACAGAGUAAUUUUCCUCUCCUCUGCCUUCGUUUCUCAUAUUUUUUAGGUGGUGAGAUGGAGGUGGUUGAGAGGGUACAAAUGGGAAUAAGUAGGAGGGUUUGUU